AUGUCAGCAACGCCUCGCAAGCCUGGAACCCCCGUCAGUUCCAGCAAAUCAUCGGCCGCAGAUCCGCCCUCAACCAACGGGUCCACCACACGAGGGCAUGCACGUUCGCCCAGCACUGCGACAAACGGUCUCAACCGCUCCCCAUCCCUAAGAGGUUCCACGCCAGUCUCCGCGCGCGCUGCUGCAAGAACUCGCGGGCGAUCCAAUCUCAGCAUGUCGAACGUCCCACGCAUCAAUAACGACCCCUCCGAAGAGGAGGCAAAGGCGCAGAAUGCCGCCUUGAUCGAGGAGCUGCGGGAGCAGCUGCAGAAAGCCGAGACAGCCUCCGAACAAUACCAGAAACAACUAGGCGUUCUCCAAAUGCGCCUGGACGAAGCCGUUAGCGAACAGAGCAAGCUAGAAGACUCUACGCAUGAGCGAGACACUCGGAUCGAAGCACUCAGUGGCGAGAUUCGGGAUCAAACUCGACAGAUCAGGGAUCUGGAGCAAAAUUAUGAAUCGGAGCGAAACGCCAUGCUGCAGGAGAAGGAGCAGCAGACCAGCCGAGAAGAAGAGUUGCAGGCGACUAUCCAACGGUUGAAGGAGUCGGUUGCGCAGAAGAGCAUGCCCGUCAAUGUUGAGGGCGAGCGUCAAGUUUCCCGAUCUUCCAGUUUCCGCAAUCGAGCCUCUCCAGACGUGGAUGGCCAAUUCGCCCCAUUAUCACAAAUCGAACGCAGCCCCUCUCGUAACAACUCCAACCUCCUUCUCCAGAAAGAUAAGCUCAUUGAGUCUUUGCGCCUUGAAUUAGCCGAGUCGCAAAUCAAGCUUGUCGAGAUGGAGAACAAAGGUGGCGGUCGACAGCGCGAUUUGGAGAAGGAGCUUUUGGACGCUCGUGUGGCGAAUGCUCGUCUCAUGGAAGACAAUGAAAGCUACCAACUUCUUCUCAGCGAAAAGACCCUCACUGGUGACUUCACUAAGGGUGACUUCAUGCAAUAUGCCCACCCCGAGAAGGAGUCUCGAGGUGGCCUAGGUUCUCUAGCAGAUGAACUCGAGUCUGUGGAUGAAUCACCUGAGACAGACGCAAAUCGCAAGCCGGAUGGAGGCGAUCUCAAGGUUCUCAGGGAUCAAAAUAAGGCCCUUACACUCUACAUCGAGCGUAUCAUUAGCCGCGUUCUCCAGCAUGAUGGUUUCGAACACGUUUUGGACCGCAAUGAUGAUGAAGGCAAAACUGAUUCCAAGGCCGGCAGUGAGAAAGAACUGCCUCCCACUCCUCCGGAGAAGGAUGACGCGCCGUCUCAAUCACUCCUGCAGCGGGCCAAGUCGGUGGUCGCCGGCCCACAGACUCGCCCCAUCCCCAGGUCCCGCCCAGCCAGCAUGAUGCCCCCGCCCGCGGUUCCUCUGCCCUCUGCCAACGAGAACCCGGAGACUGCACCCAGCAUCCCGUUCAAUCGAGCUGGGUCUGUGAGAGCCACUCAUCGCCGUGCGCGCUCUGAACAGGUAGAUCCCGCGGCGGCGUCCGUUGUCACUCAAAUGUACCGCGGAGGGCGUAACAGCGGCGGGCCCAUCAGCCCAACCGCUAUGGGGCCGGGAUCCCGCCAGAGUAUGUUCUCAGGAGCAGCUAGCUACUUCUCCGGCACAAGUCGCGCACCCUCAUUGACCAGCCAGCCCGACCGCGCUGGACGAAGCAGCUCGCCCAGUGUCACAAGCGAUGCACCCGGCGACACUGCUUCUACUGGAGCAACCUCUAGCCCUCCUCGAUCGAGCAGUGGCAUGAACAACUACACCGGUGCAGUGAUGACACAGAACAAGCUGCGUCCUCUGCGUCUGGUUAAUGAUGCUGCCAAGCUUGAAGAGGAAGAAGUUGCGCGAAAGAAAGCGAACCGUGCGAGCUGGAUUCCCGGCUGGUUUAACCGCCCUGUCUCGGACGAGCAGCAGCAACCACCCCCGCCGCCACCUCCACAGUCUUAG